CUUUCCUGACGAAUGUCGGGAAGCUUAAACUGUGGUUAAAAAAAGAACAUGCCUGUGGCCAAGGAUCUCCUCACGUCAUUUUGUGCCAAAUAA